AACGCCAACUUGGCUCUCUCUCUCUCUCUCCCUCGCUCCCAAUACCGAGGUGGAAGAGUAGAUUAGCCCAGAGAGACAAGAUGAAGAGAGAGAAGAAAAAACAUAGAUAGUACACGCGCCAAGCCCAAGCCACCCAUCUCCUGAGAGUGACGAGGAGUGUCGAAGUAAUACAGCUGAAUCGGUGGACGCGAUACACCACACUGCAAUCGCACCCAUCCCGGAGAAUCUCAUCGUCUCUAUCUCCAUCACAAGACGACGCCAUCGUACUGCUGCUGCCGACUGCCCUUCUCCAUCCUCCCUUCCCCCCCCCCCCCAACCAAUAUAAAACCAGCAUUAUCUAUUCAUCACCAGCCAUAAAUAUACUCAUCCACAUCGACAAGUAUUGUUUAACACACUUGAUCUGCUUGAAAACCGACAAACCCCGAUCUCCCAUUUCUCUAGUUCCCACACGUUGUUAGUAGCAUUGUUUUUGUCCCAAAGCAUCAUCAAUAUGCUCCAUUAAGCCUGCUGUGCCUUGUCUGCUGGCCCAGGUACACAUUACCAUUGCUACAAAACCACACACACACUGCAUCCAUAUAGACCACUUUGUAUCUCGUAGUAGUUGGCCUCCUCUUUCCCCAUCCCGAUGCUAGUCAUCCCCACAGGCGUAGUCGUACGUGCCGUGUUCCGUUUUUAAAAGAGCAGAACAGCCUUCUCUCCUCAAACCCUCUUCGCAGUCCACACUCUUAGCUUGAGCGUUCUUCCUCUCGGCUUCAGCUGCUCCAGAGUCCCGAGCCAUGUUGCACCAGUGCGGUCACCAGUGCAGCGCGUACCCGUGCUCCUGUGGGUUCGUCUACAGCGGGUGCGGUGGCGGCGGCGCAUCGUUUUCUUUUCUCUUCCCGAUCGCCGGAAAGCAUUCCGUGGAUGAAGACUUUGAUGCCACACACUCCACUUCCUCCUCCCCGUCCUUGGUUGAUUGCACCCUGUCGCUUGGGACCCCUUCCACGCGCCAAACCGAGAGCAAGCCCUCCGCCUCGUUUAACCAGAUCCAGCGGACGUCGUGCAUGUCUAGCUUCCGCUGGGAUAUCAUAUCCCAGUCCAAGAAGAACUCAUCCAUGGGCUCAACUGCGUCCAGUGGUGGAGAUGCCAACGGCUCCAGCUUGGGCGGCGACCCUCUUCUCUUAGCUCGUAGGUGCGCCAACUGCGAUACGACCUCGACUCCACUGUGGCGGAAUGGACCACGAGGUCCCAAGUCGUUGUGUAACGCGUGCGGCAUUCGCUACAAGAAAGAAGAGAGGCGUGCGGCGGCGUCGUCGGUGCCACCUUCGUCGUCGCCGUCGGUGACAGCGGCAGCAGGGGACCAGGGGAUUGGCUACGGAUACCAUCGACAGCAGCAGUCACCAUGGAGUUGCUACGCUUCGUCCACGAUGAAGACCAACUCAUCCAUCGCCAUGUACGACGAGAUGGCGGACCACGGAGAAGCACCCUACCUCUCCUGGCAGUUCAACGUCGCUCCUUCGCCUCAGUUUCCUGUCCGCGACAGGCCGAGCCUAUUCCAAUACAAUUAAAAGCGGAAGUUUCCGAAGUGAUCGAUCGAAAGCCACAUAGUAGCGGCCUUAAAAUCUAUACUACAUCUCCCCAACAGUCAAGUCAGCAACAGCAACGACAACAAAUGUUAAUUAGCUUUUGCUUUUAUUAGUUCAUGAACCAUGAAUUUUAUUCUGGUUUAUUAUCGGAUUAUUGUACUUUUUGUUUCUU